CGCGACGGCUACGUUAUCAGUUGAUGUUUGCAAAUCUGUGCCAUUUAAUGAGGGAACUAGGCUGAAGAACAACAUUGAAGAAGUAUGCUUGUUCUUAUAGGCAUUGUUUUAGUGUUGGUGUCUGGAGUAGUGGUGGGUCAGCCUGUAAGUAGCUGUAAUGACCUUGACGAACAAGCUUGUCUACUGUUCCAGAAAGCAAAACCUGACCUUUGCUCAGAUCCUACAUUUUCUCAAGGCACGUGCAAACGUUUCUGUGGAAAUUGUCCUCUGGAGUGUUACGCAUGUCAAACACCAGUGCUCGACCCUGACGAUUGCAAUACUACGAUUUCAUGUGGCGCCAAUCAGACGUGUAUGACAAAACAUCUCAAAGCCUUGGAUGGACAUGACGAAUACAUCAUGAUGUGUGAAAAGAAAGAGAUUUGUGAAGGCCUAAGCCUGGGUUUUGCCUUUGGUAAACGUGGUUUGAUGUUUGACGAGGAGACGGAGGAUGACAUUGAAGAACACGACAGAAAUAGACGUGAUGUAACAUUGUCCUGUUGUGACACAAAUUUCUGUAACAUGCCUACAAAAAUGACAACUACAACGUUGCCACCAACAUCGCCGGGUCCUUUCCCUCAGGGAUGUAAUCGGGAUAUUGUUUUCGUUCUCGAUGAUUCUGGAAGUGUCGGAUCCACGAAUUUUAAACAUGCGCUAGACUUUGUCAGAAGCAUCGUUCAAGAGAUUGAAGUAGGACCGACAAAAGCACAAAUCGCCCUAUUGCCAUAUAGUACUCAUCCCCAGACAGGCUGGUAUCUUAACAGAUAUGACAACAAACUGGACGUGAUGAAUGCUAUCAGCAAGGUCCACUACCUAGGCGGCGGUACACACACAAAUGAAGCUAUAGAGACGGUGCGCACGCAAAUACUGACACCACAGCACGGAGAUCGUCCUACAGCUGAAAAUGUUGUUCUUGUUUUGACAGACGGCAGGUCGAACAAUCAUAAAGAUACUAUUAAUAAAGCUAACCUGUUGCACCAGAGUAGUAAAGACGUCAUUAGUAUCGUCAUCGGCUCAGGCAUCAACACAAAUGAGUUGAACGCUAUUGCAACAGACAGUCACCAUGUGUUUGACCUGCGUAGUUACAACAUCCUAAGCACAAUUCUUCCUCAGCUCAUGCAAAUCAUAUGCAAUGCUUGAAAUUGUACUACCAGUUGUAAGUAGAAAUAAAAGGCAACUUCAAAAACGUA